AUGUCCGACCAAUACCUACAACUGGCCUCGUCAACCCAACAGUCCAGCGCGCCUUCAACGCCGUUGGUACCCACAGACUCCGCCACAUCGCUGGUCAAUCUUCCCACGCACUCAUCAGCAGCCACCGGAGACAGCACCCAACUACGCCCACACACCGGGAGACACCUCCACACGCUAUCAAACAACUCACUCACACACCCACUGCCUCGCACCAGCACCCCCACGCACGAGCAUGGCCACACACACACGCACGCACACACUAACCUGUUGACAUCGCAUCGUAAGCUCGAACAGACGUGGUCUACGCCAGCGCCUUCGUAUGCGGCGACUGCGCACGCACCUGCCAGCAGAGCGAUGGACGUUACACACUCACACACACAGCUGGCAACGACCACGGGGGGAGUAGGUGGUAGCAGCAGCAGCACAUUCGCACACAAACACAGCACGUGUGGGCUACUGCAGACACAGGCACACACAGGCACACAUACAAACACACACACCAGCACACACACACAGAAGCAUCUGCACCAGCCGGGCAGUGGGCUUGGGCCGGAGGGACAUGCGCAGGAUCAGGCAAGGGUAACCCAUUCACAGAUACUAACACACUCCCAAGCACGCGCACACUCUCCCCUACCACUGCGCAAGAAUAUCUUAGCCACAAUGACCACACCUGCACUGGGUAGUGUGGGUGGGUUGGGUCUAGGGGGUGGCUCGGGAAGUGGUACCAACUCCGAGGCCGUUGGUACUAGCUCCAACACCGCAGCCGAUCUGCGGGCGCGUGCGGUGACCCCGGAUGGCAAGCACACGCUGAUGUCUGGGGCUGCGGAGGGGAACACCGGCACACAGCCACAGCCACACCACGGGGAGAGAACGAAUAGCAGGCCUAAAAGCAACCAAGACGAGGCACAUACAAGCACAGACACGUCCACACAGGCAACACUGGAAGGUGCUGAUAUGAACUCGAUACGGUCACGCUCAGGGUCAAGCUCAGCACCCCCACCAAACUCACUGCCAGGUGCAAGUGGACAAGCUGCCGGGGAUGAUCAGUGCUGCAACGUGCGCAAUGUCAACAACUGCCUGUCUGUGUCUGGUAAGCAU